AUGGAGAGGGUCAGCGCCGCCGAGGUCGAGGCCAAACUGGUGGCCCAUUGGCGAGCCCUUCCACAGUCGCUCGCCCAAGAAGACGAAGGCGGGACAACGAACAAGCUGCUGCUCUCGUUCCUGUCCGCCCUCCGGUCGGCCCUGCCGGCGGCCACUAGCACCGAAACGCCAGGUGGUGGUGGCUGUGGGGAAGGGGCUGGGACGAGCACCACCUCGUGGCUGGUCUCGACCGCCAGCGAGGCCAGCGGGAGCCACGAGGUGUGGGUCGAGGGCGUGCAGGUGCUCUUCUGGUGGGUGUUCGUGUCCGACGGCCCCCACGCCUGCCUCUCCUUCCUCGACGCUUCAAGGGGCCAGAGCGAAGAAGAUGGAGGUGGUCUUGAACAGGACAAGGCGGCCCUGUUCUGCCGCCUCGGCCCGGCCUUGCUGUGGGGCAACCCCUACGCACCCGAGUGGGCUGUCAUCUUGCCCGUGGACGCGGUGCCCCAGGUCCUAACAAUGCUGUGCAGCCGCCUGCAGCAAGCCAGCAGUGCGGCAGUAGCCAACGUGCCAGCGACGUCGGUACUGCUCAUGUGCCUGAGCCACAUCGGACCGCUGACCCUGUGA